AUGAUGUAUAAAACUCUUAUUGCCAUAAUACUUGCUUUAACUACUGUGUCUGCUUUAAAUUACCCUACAUGUCUAGAUCCUAGAGGGAAAUCCGUAGACUGGUUCAUAGUCCUUAAGCAUCCAGUUGGUUCUGAAUAUUCAUAUUGCGAUUCUAAUUCUUGCACUUAGCUAAAAUCAUAAGGCUUUGAAUUAAAUGACAUUGAUAACUCUCCAUUAAUGCGUACACUUGCAUAGACUGAAAGAAUAGGAAAAUAAUCACCCUACGGUUCAGUGUUUUGGAAUGAUCAACCUCCUUAAUCUGAUGCAUCUUUGAGUUACGCUCAUGCUAAGGGUUUUAUGGUAUUCAACCAAGAAAAGGGCUAUUUGAUGGUACAUUCAACUCCUAGAUUUCCCGUAAUUGAAGAAGAUAUUGUUAAUUUGGAGAUUCCUUCAAGUUAAACAAAGUUCGGCUAGCAUUACUUCUGUAUUUCGACAACUACUGAGGACUUAAAUAAGAUUGCUGAAGGGUACAACAUAGACUAUCCAAAAGUGUAUUCAAGUUAUAUUCCAACUGAAUUUGAAGGAAUAGACAAUAUAAUUAAUAUGGUUAAUCAAAAGAGAAAUAAAGAUGACUAAUAAUUAGCUGUUAAUUUUAAAUCUCUUAAAGGUACAAAGUUCAUUAAAUUCUCAAAGUCUGGUAAGUAUUUAGUCCCAUUUUAUGAUACCAUACUCGCAGAGUCAAUUAAAGCUGGUGUCAUAGUUCAAAGUUGGGGAUCUCCUUAAGAAGAGCCAAUCUGUGAAUCUUAAUACAAUGUAAGUUCAAACAUGUUAAUUACUCUUGAUGGUAUCACUUACAAAUAAACAUAAGAUCACUCUAAGUAUUGCAUAUCCACAGACGAUAGUAAGCCAUACGUAUGUUUAGGAGAUAUUAACAGACAAACUUCUUAAUGGAAGAGAGGAGGAGGUACAGUCUGUUUAUAAAAUAAAUAAGUCCACACUGCUUUUAAAAAGAUUAUGGCAUAAUAAUAACCUUGCAGUGUCUGA